AUGGUGUUUGGUCCAUUCACGGGAGUCGAUCACCACAAGAAAUGUGUCACUUUUGCUGUUGGUUACAUUGCAAAGGAAGAUGUUGCUUCAUUCCAAUGGCUAUUUAGAACAUUUGUUAAGGCAAUGGGCGGUAGGGAGUCCAAUUGUUUAAUUACGGAUCAAGAUCCAGCUAUGAAAAUUGCUGUAAAUUCUGUUUUCCAGCAAUUUGGAAGGAAUAUCAUUCAGGAUACUGAAUAUUUAAAGGAACUCAGUAAGUGUGUUUGGAAUUUAGAAAUUGAGGCUCCUGAAUUUGAAGAGAAGUGGAACAAUGUUCUUGUUGAGUUUAAAUUACAAGACCAUGAUUGGUUGAAUUUGAUGUUUGAGAUGAGAUCUAUGUGGAUUCCAGCGUAUUUUAGAGAUGUGUUUAUGGGUGGUAUUAUGAGAACUACCUUAAGGUCAGAGAGUGAGAAUAAUUUUUUUACAUCCGUUGUAAAUCCUCACGUGUCUCUUGUGGAGUUUUUCAUGAGGUAUGAAACUGCGUUGGAUGCACAGAGACAUAAUGAAUUGAGGAAGGAAGAUGGUAUUGAUGUAGAAAUUGUUACUAAGGCAAAUAGGAGAAGGAAAUUUAAAGUUUUGUUUGAGUGCUUUAGUUAUGACACUACCUGCUCUUAUAAGAAGUUUUAUAGGAUAGGAAUCCCAUGCAGACAUAUGAUAUGGAUGUGGAAGGCAAAGAAUUUAAAAAGCAUUCCAAAGCAAUAUAUCUUAGAUCGUUGGACAAUAAAUGCUACUCAGAAACCAGUGUUAGAUAUAAGUUGUUUAGACACCGAAUAUGAUAGGAGGGUGGUUAUAAAUGAAAUGUGGUCGGAGAUAUUUUCUUGUGUGAGUUGGGUUAAAGGUCAUGAGGAGGACUUUAUUAAGAAUAUUCGAGAGUUCAAGAAUAAAAUUGUAGCGACAAAAAAUGUUACUGUAGUUGAUACUCAGAAUGUAAGAUCUAGUGAACAUGAUAUUGAGAUGUUAAUAGGAUGUAGCAUUCCUGAUGAAAUACUUGUUCAGCCUCCUAAAGUGUCGAAGAAUAAAGGUACAGGUGUUCAUGAUGGCUGUGGAACUAGUGGGUCUAAAAGAUUAAAGGGUGCCAAAGAAAUAGCAGUUGAACAAUCUAAAAAGAAAACGAAGAGGAAAUGCAGUGGCUGUGGCGAGCUAGCAUAUCAUGAUACUCGGAAUUGUCCUCACAAAGCAUGA